UUGGUCCAACAUUCUUCUUCUUCUGCUGUCAGAGUCUCUCAGUCAGCUGUCUGUCUGUGGACUGGAUCAGAACAUUGGGAUCUUUUCAUUCAGGAGGUGGACUGUUGACUGCUUUUGUUCCACUCUGACUCUGGGUUUUAUUUCCUCAUCUGACGCGUUGAACUGUGACUCUUUACAGGUUUGUUUGUCCUGAUUCUUGUGUUGUGAGUCAAACUCAGUGUUGCUGGUGUAACUCUCACACUGAGUGACGAAGAUGGAGGAAGAGGAGAAGUGUGGAGAAAGAUCCAGAGCUGAACUGCAGACAGCCGGUCAAAGCAGCUGUGUACAAAAUGCUGGUCUGCAGGAGGUUCUGCAGGAACAUAAGAUGAGUCUGAGGAGGAGAUGUGAACAUGUGACUGAAGGAAGUGAUGCAACAGGAGGUGGAACCCUCCUCAACAGGAUCUACACUGAGCUCUGCAUCACAGCAGAAGCCAGUGAAGAGGCUGAUACCAAAUGUAGGCGGAGGUGGCAGUGCAAAGUUUCCAAGAAGAACCUCCCUGACACUCCCAUCAAGUGCCAGGACAUCUUUAAAGCCUUCCCUGAGCAGCAGAGAGCCAUCAGAGUGGUCCUGACCAACGGUGUCGCUGGCGUGGGAAAAACCUUCUCAGUGCAGAAGUUCAGUCUGGACUGGGCAGAGGGCCGAGAAAACCAGGACAUCAGUGUGGUGGUUGUGCUUCCGUUCAGGGAGCUGAACUUGAUCAGAGAUGAGCAGCACAGUCUUCUGACGCUGCUCCAUGAGUUCCAUCCAGCAUUACAGAAGGUGACAGCAGAGGAGCUGGCUUUCUGUAAAAUUUUGUUCAUCUUUGACGGUCUGGAUGAAAGCAGACUUUCACUGGAUUUCACCAACAGGGAGGUGGUGUCUGACAUCAGCCAGAAGUCAUCGCUGGACGUGCUGCUGACAAACCUCAUCCAGGGGAACCUGCUUCCCUCGGCUCUGGUCUGGAUCACUUCCNCUAAACUGGUGAGCACAGGACUGCAAGCGUGGGUUCUCUCCGNGGAGGGACAUGAGACGAGUCCACAGGAGCUGACGGAGACUGACAGGGAAGUUCUUCUGAAGCUGGGGAGGCUGGCCUUUGAACAUCUGGAGAAAGGAAACAUCAUGUUCUACCAAGAAGACCUGGAGCAGUGUGGUCUGGAUGUGACAGAGGCCUCGGUGUUCUCAGGAGUUUGUACGCAGAUCUUCAGAAGAGAGUGUGUGAUGUUCCAGAAACCAGUCUACUGCUUUGUUCAUCUGAGCAUUCAGGAGUUUCUGGCUGCAGUCUACAUGUUCUACUGUCACACCAACAGCAACACUGAGGUGCUGGAGAAGUUCCUGGGAGAAGACUACAUCAACUCAUCACUGGAUGCCUUCCUGGACAGAGUCAUGGAGAAAUCCCUCAGUAGUAGAAAUGGUCACCUGGACCUGUUUGCUCGCUUCCUUCAUGGCCUCUCUGUGGAGUCCAACCAGAGAGUCUUAGGAGGCCUGCUGGGUCGGACAGAGAACCGUCCAGAAAUCAUCCAGAGAGUCAUCAACAACCUGAAGGAGAAGAACAGUUAUGAAAUAUCUCCAGACAGAAGCAUCAACAUCUUCCACUGCCUGAUGGAGAUGAAGUAUCUGUCAGUACAUCAGGAGAUCAAAGAGUUCCUGAAGUCAGAGAACAGAUCAAAGACGGAACUCUCUGCGAUCCACUGCUCAGCUCUGGCCUACAUGCUGCAGAUGUCAGAGGAGGUUCUGGAUGAGUUGGACCUGAGGAAGUACAACACAACAGUGGAGGGACGACGGAGACUGAUUCCAGCUGUGAGGAACUGCAGAAAGGCUGAACUUUCUCAGUGUUGGCUCUCAGAGAGUGACUAUGAAGUCGUGGUCUCAGCUCUGAAGUCCAACCCCUCCCAUCUGAAAGAACUGGACCUGAGCAACAGCGUCUUGGGAGAUUCAGGAGUGAAGCAUCUUUGUGAUGGACUGAAGAGUCCAAACUGUAAACUGGAGACUCUCAGGUCAGUUCACUGGCUGUUGGUGGAAUUUAUUCAGUUCAGAUUCUUACCUGAAGUUUUAGACUUUGGUUGAUAAAUUUUGAGGAUUUUCCUGAAAACAGCCUGAAGACGUUUGAGUUCCUUGAAGCGUCUGUGAAUAAAUGCCCUGAUCAGCUGACUGCAGUGUUCCCAGAUGGAGGACAGAACCCACAGUCCUGC